AUGGCAGUUUCAGAUCAAUUACAUUUGUUGGGACCUACUGAUUUAAGGCUGCUGAUUAGGAACAAUGAUUCCAGGAUAACAACCACAUCUGGACUAGCCAAUGGAUACCAGCAGGCAAACGUUGUCAUCAUUCCCAAACAUCUGGCCGAUGAUUUUGGAGUGUUUUGUCACAAUAAUCCCGCUCCUUUGCCACUCCUGUACUGCAGCCAACCGGGAGAGACCUCAUGUCCACCUCUUGCAAAAGAUGCUGACAUAAGGACAGACAUCUCGAAGUACCGAGUGUAUCAGGACGGUGAUCUGGUAAAAAGUAUCUCCAGUCUGAAGAAUUACAGCGAUCCAUCUGUGCCUCCUGUUGAAUGGUCAGAUAUGGUUUGUUUCUACCUGGGCUGCAGCUUUGGCUUUGAGGGCAGCCUGAAGAAAGCUGGAAUUGUUGUCAGGAAUGUGGAGCAAGGCAGAAAUGUCAGCAUGUACAAGACUGCGGUUCCCUGUGUUGGAGCUGGUAUUUUCAGGGGCCCUCUUGUGGUGUCGAUGCGUCCAGUUCCACCUUCCAUGUUAGAUACAGCAGUCCAAGUCACUCACCGUAACCCACAAGCGCAUGGCGCCCCUGUGCAUAUUGGAGAUGCAGCUUUCUUAGGCAUAAAGGACCUGUCCAAACCAGACUAUGGGGAUCAAGUUGACCUGCAGCCUGGGGACGUUCCAGUCUUCUGGGCCUGUGGAGUGACUGCUAUCGAAGCAAUCGUCAGCAGCAAGCCAUCUUUAGCAUUCAGUCACUCGCCAGGCUGCAUGUUUUUGACUGACGUGCAAGACCCCUCCCUCAUAUCAAAUACAACUGACUGGGAAAAAUCUGAAGCAACAAGUCCUGAGCUGGAGUUUAACCCCUUCUGCUUCCAGAUAUCUCAAAAUCCCUUGUUCUUCUCUAUGGCAUCACAGAUGGCUGUGGCAAAGAUCAGGCAGUUGGAUGCAAUCAUAGGAGAAGAUCCAGGUCAACGGGGAAUCAAGGCAUUGUUUGUUCAAGAUGAACUUCUACGCUCCUGUCUGGCCCUUUCUCACUCAUCCUCUGUUGCCAUAACAACAGGCCUCCCCACACAUUAUAUGCACAAUCCCCCUGAUGAAACUGAUGGCCCACCCGGAGCCAUUGCCAUGGCAACCAUGCUGCUUUCCCUUGGAAAACAAGUUACAAUGGUGACAGACAAGAGAGCCUUGCAGAUGAAUCAGGCCAUCAUUGAUGAAGCUGUGAAAACAGGUGUACUGAAAUCAACAAUUCCACUGGUCGUCUUCGAAGACAACGUUCCAAACGCCCCACUUAACUUUUUGUGUCACAACGGAGAUCCUUCUAAGCCAAAGUAUGACCACCUAGUGGCAAUAGAACGCUGUGGACGAGCUGAGGAUGGAAACUACUACAACAUGAGGGCAAUAAACCUCAAACAUCUGGUAGAUCCAAUUGACGACCUGUUUAUUGCUGCGAAGGAGAUUCCAGGAAUAACCACUACAGGAAUUGGUGAUGGUGGAAAUGAGUUGGGGAUGGGUAAAGUGAAGGAGAAAGUGAAGAGCCUGAUGCCAAAGGGGGAUCUGAUUGCAUGUGACGUGCCUGCCGACUACGCCAUCACUGCAGGGGUUUCCAAUUGGGGAGGGUACGCUGUGGCCUGUGGCCUCUACUUGCUCCACACUUGCCCCACCCACACACGUUACUUAAACAAAGGCCUGGGAGUGAAUCGCCAAACCCCAGAAGAACUGCAGGACUGGAGAGCUAAUCUGCCGUCAGUGAUCAAGGAGGAGUCCAUCUUGGCGACUCUGGUGCGUUUUGGCAUCCGAAGUGGGAAAACUGCUCAUUUGGCCAUGGAGGUGGAUGGUUUGACUUUUCAUCCCACCCAUUCUGAUAUCAUUACUAGACUCCUGAAGGUUACUCUCGCGUAA